AUGGCGGCUCGUUCUCGGUACUUGGCCACGACCACCUACAUGGCCACUCCAUCUGCCACGAUCGUAGGCACUCCCUUUGUCCGAAUGUCACAAACUUCCAUGCUUCGAUUAGGCGCUACUUCGCGAGGCAUCUCCUCCUCCGCCGUUGCCCUGGCGCUUCCUCGCGGCACCUCUGGCAGCUGUGCAUUCCUUCUGGGUCCUCACGCCGCCGCCAGCUGGCGAAGAAGCGGACGCUCGUCCGCCACUGUGCUCCAGUGGCCCGGAGCGGGUUCGUCGGCCGCAGCAGGAAGACUACGCGUGUCGGAGGCCGCCUGCGCGCGAUACUACGCCACGGGUGGCAGUCUGCCCGACAGCAAUCAAUCGCCCAAGGCGGUGUCGGCGGAGGACAAGGAGGCGGUGCCCAAGAAGACGCUGGUGGGCCGAGCGGUCCACUCCACCAAGAAGGUGGUGACGUUCAUCAAGGAGGGCAUUCACCACUACUGGCUCGGCUCCAAGCUGCUCGCCCUCAACGUGCGCACGGCCUUCAAUAUCGCCGUGCGACUCAAGAACGGCCACACCCUCACGCGACGAGAGAGGCAACACAUGAUCAGGACGACGGCCGACCUGUUCCGACUGGUCCCCUUUGCGGUGUUUGUGAUCGUGCCCUUCAUGGAGUUUUUGCUGCCGAUCGCCCUCAAGAUUUUCCCCAACAUGCUGCCCUCGACCUUCCAGGACACGAUGAAGAAGGAGGAGGACAUGCGGAAGCAGCUGCUGCUCAAGCUCAAGAUGGCCAGCUUCCUCCAGGACACCCUCCAGGAAAUGGCUGAGACCGGAGAAACUCAUAAGGUGGACGCAGCUCUGCGCGAGACGAUAUCGACGCUGCCGGAGGAUGUCGUGGAGGAAGCCGAGCUGGAGAUGGACCUGCAGAAGGGCACGCCCUCCGACCGACAGCUCAAGCUCGAAGUACUCCGCAACACCAACGAGAAGCUCAGGGAGGAGCUGGAGGAGGAGGCCGAGACCUUCAAGGAGAUCGAAGCGUUGGAGAGUCCGGGCAGCGUCAUCCCCGAGGAGGACGCCGAGCAUUUGCGUGACGUGGCCGAGGCGCUCUCCGUGCUCGCCUCGCCCGUCUCGGCUGAACGGAAGGCCCUCGAACAGCUUGAGGCUCGCGAGGCCCUGCUCGCCCGCGCCAAGACGCUCAAGGACCAGGAGACGGCCACCGUGGUCGAUGCGGUUGUGAAGGCGGUCAAGACGCGCUCGGAUCGAUCAAAGGAGAGGCUGGGCCAGCAGCUGGAGGACCUGCUCGACGACCUGCGGGAGGAGCUGUCCGAGACCGAGCAAAAGCUGGGCGACAAGAUGGUCCUUAUCGACAAGGACAGGGACGGCGUCAUCACCACCGAGGAGGUCGCACUCGCCUGCUCGCUCCUCAAGGAUCGGCCGUCGGAUGCGGAGAUCAGGAACGUGCUGCGUGUGCUGGACGCCGACGAGGACGGAGUUGUGGCGCUGGAGGACGUCCAAAAGAUCCGCCAAAAGCUGGAGGAGCUCCAUCUCGAGGAGGCGCCCGCCGAGGAGAAGGAGCGGAAGUGA